UGAAGUCUCCACAGCUGCAAUUCCGCCUCAUGUGAACGACUUCUGCUUUUCUUCUCAUAGCCUCCCUGGCACUACCGGCGGCCCACCUCGCGUUGCGCCUUCACCUGCCGCCCUGUGUCCGUUCACGGUCCACCACGCCUCCGUUCCGCUUCCCGCGCCGGCGCACAUCGACACUCUUCAUUUCCUCCCCUGACUCGUCACUCGUGCACUCAUCUAGCGCCAGGUAAAAUGAAAACAAACUGCAGAACUCGCAAUCCCAAACUUUGAAUGUUAGUGAUUUUAAUUUUAUCCGUCUAGCUUUUGUUAGUUGUGCCAGUUUGUGUAGUGCAGAGUGUUCCAGACGGCAGUAGUCCGUUACACUCUGCAGUUUGUUUGCAAAUUUGCAUUAAUAUACAGACAUAUAGCCAUUUGUGAGUAUUAAUUUCAUUUUUAGUAUCAAUCCCAUAUUCUCAUUGUUAUGAACAUGAUAUUGAGUAUUAACCCCAAUAGUAAUUUAGUAUUGAUGUUGUUUUGAAUGUUAAAACUCUCAUGUUGUACGCCAAUUUGAUUUAGGCCACCCCACCCCAAGUUAGAAGAACACAAAGCUCAGGGCGCACCAGAACCUUUGGGAGACGGCUGCUGCUCUCCUGAUCCAGAUUUGAAUCUUGGAAUUGCUGCUGCAGAUUUCGAAAUUAAUCCGUUAUUAUAAAACCAUUGAAUGGCUGGAUCAGUAAAAACAUGCUCUAUUGAUAACAACUCAAGUACCACUGAAGAUUGGACCGUUGUUCUUCGUCGACGUCCAAGGCCGAAAAAGAUUUCUUGCAAAACAAGUGACCCCUCUGAAGAACAAAAGCAAGAACAACCUUGGGCUCCACAAGAUUAUGAAACAGACCCAGAAACUGAAUUAAAGUUGAUGCAAAAGAUGCAAACUUGCAUCCAGAAACUUGAAACCUCGCACUUUUGGCUGAACUUCCUAGACCAAUUACAAACAGGUGAAACCUCAGAUCAGAUUGGACGGGUUUUGGGUCCUGAAACAAAGGUCUGCAUGGUAAUAUAUGGCAUCGGCAGCAUAGAAUCAUUUGAACCGCCCAGAUUGCAACUCAGCCUUGCGAUCUUGAUGAAAAGGGAGCUUAGUUGGAUUGGAGAGAUAGAGAUAUUUGAUCCGAUCAUAUCUUUAACAGAAUCUAGGGUUCUGGAAUCCCUUGGGUGCUCUGUUCUGUCUAUGAAUGAGAACGGCCGGAGAGAAGCAAUAAAACCCACACUGUUCUUCAUGCCACAUUGUGAGGCGGAGUUGUAUGAAAAUCUGUUGCAGGCGAAUUGGACGGUUGAUCUCCUGAAUCAUAUAAUUCUGUUUGGGAACAGUUUUGAGGAAUAUGAGCAUCACAUGUCGAUAUGCAAGAACCUUUAUUCUGCGGACCCGAGAAAGCAUAUCUUAGCUGCAAGGAAAUUCUCUAAGGAGUUUAGAAUCAAAUGUUCAGAAGAUUGCCUUCGAGCUUUCCAUAGUUCCAGUUGGCAUUUCUUUAGCAUUGACCCAGGGGCAGCAUUACCAAAGGUUUAAUGCAAGCCAUAGCUGUAAGUUAUUUUUCUAAUUUGUAAGAGAUGUACUUGUGUUAUUGGGACACACAAAAUCUGUUAAUGUUAUGUACUCUUAUAUCUGUAUGUUUGCAUCAUUGCCAUCUACAAAAACUAUGAGACCACAUGAUGGCAUACUAAAAUAGGUACAACUGUAUAAGUGGGGAGAUUUAAUGAAUUACAUUUUACACUUGAGAUUCUCUAUUUAUCGAGAAAUUGUACUUCAAAUGAUAGAAGGAAGUGAAAUUGAAAGAAUUCUCUUUUGGCUAUAUGUUAGCCCUUGAAGCUUAGGUUAAGUAUGUCGUGAUCAUUGUUUAUCUCUUAUAUGGGAGUUGGAACAUGCUGGGAAUUUGGAGUUAUUGGUCGAUCCAAUGGCGGUUCUUCUGGGAGCUGUGCUGUGAACUCGAGACACUUAAUCAGCUCGGGCCUCGGGGGUGUGUACUUGUGUUGUGGUGUGUAUAAUCCGAAGCUUGGAGAAAUGUUCUGAGUAACUCACAAGACACAAUUCAUCUCUCAAUGUUGAGAGGUUGUUUUUGAGAGAGACCAUGAAGCUCGAAGUAAUGACUGAGGCAAUCAAGAAGGCCAUUUGAUCAAUACGUUUAUUGUAUGACUGAUCAGAUGUGUGAUGACAUUAUGACAUUAUGCACGUUUUCUGAUUGUUAUACUCAUUUCAGUAAGAGUACAAAGCUUAUUAAGAUUGUUCAAAUGCAUAAUUAGUAUUUACAAUCCAAAUCACUGGAGUUAGUUAAACUCUAUUUAGUCAGUUAUCAUGAAAACUAUAAGAAUAUCAUUAGAUAAACC